GCUGCCCGUCCUGCAGCUGAGGAAGCGCGCCAGCCACCUGCGGAAGCUCGGGCUGGGAGAAGGGAAACUGAAGAGAGUGCUCUUCUGCUGCCCCGAAGUCCUCACCAUGCCCCAGCGGGACCUGGACGCAGUCCUGGGGGUCCUCAGGGACAAGUGUCUCUUCAGCGCGCAGCAGGUGAUGGAGGUGCUGCACAGGUGCCCGCACGUGCUCCGGGCGGACCCUGCGGAGCUGGAGUACAAGUUCCAGUACGGCCACUUCAGGAUGGGGCUGACGCACGCGGACGUGGUGAGGACGGGCUUCCUGCAGUUCUCCAUGGCCAAGAUCAGGCAGAGGCACGUGUUCCUGGAGCGCCUGGGGCGGUACCAGACCCCGGACAAGAAGGGGCAGACACAGAUCCCCAACCCCCCGCUCAGGGACAUCCUCCGGGUGUCCGAGGCCGAGUUUCUGGCCAGGACGGCCUGUGCCCCUGCCGAGGAGUUUGAGGUUUUCAAGAAGCUCUUUGCUCGGGAGGAGGACGAGGCGUCUGAGGGCCGCCUGCCAGAGGACAGGGAUGCAGACCCCGACGAGGAUGAGGACGCGGACUCGGAUGCGGACUCAGACCCAGAGGGACGUGAUCCCCUGGAGGGCGGGGAGGGCGCCAAGGGGCGCUGACGAGGGCUGGUGGGGGGUUCUGCCCAGGAACCUAACCUGAGCCAUUAAAUUGGGGCGCGAC